GCCUGAGCCGCAGGAUUAACACCGCAGUGAAGUCUGUGAACAGACUCAGACCUGGAACCUGCUCCACACCAAAGCCUCUCUUUGUUUUAUUUAUUUAUUUAUUUGUUUUAAUAUUUUUGUGUGAUUGUCGCCGGGUUUUACGCCGUUUACGCACACGGUUCCAGGACGCGUUGGUGUUGGUGACGCCUUAAUGGAGCCAUGGCAACUUUUACGCAGAGAAAGACAUGGAUCGUCGUGUUUGAGAACUUAUCACGUGACCGUGUUUCUUCGCGUGAACUGAUCGUCAUGGCUGUCCUUUUAUUCUUCUUCUGCUGCCUGUGGGAAUAACGGCUAAUCCCGCCGCCGAUUAGCGCACAGAUGGCUCCCGUGGCCACUUCGAUCAGUCGGCUGACCUCCAGACCCACUGACUACUGAAUGAAAGACAUUUCCACGGUCAGUUAAGGAUAAAAGUGUGACGUCACCUCUGGCUCCAGGAUGAGCAGAGCCGUUUUAAAAGAAGCCGCCAAACUCUUCCCCUGGCUGGCCAACGUCACUCUGUACGGCUGCCUGUUCGCCGGCGGUGACCUGGUUCACCAGCUCAUGGCUCAGAAGGAGCGCGUGGACUGGAGACACACGCGCCACGUGGCCAUCGUGGCAAUCAGUUUCCAUGGCAACUUCAAUUACUUCUGGCUCCGCGCGCUGGAGCGCCGCUUCCCGGGAAAGUCUGCCGGGAUGGUACUCCGCAAACUCGUGCUGGACCAGAGCUUCGCAUCGCCUUUGGCCACGAGUGUCUUUUACACAGGUGUUAGCUUCUUGGAAGGCAAAGAGGACGUCUUUGAAGACUGGAGGGAAAAGUUCUUCAACACCUGGAAGACUGGACUCAUGUACUGGCCUUUCAUGCAGUUUCUGAACUUUGUCCUGAUGCCACCAUACAUGCGGACGGCCUUCAUGGGCUGCUGCGCCUUCCUCUGGGCCUCCUUCCUCUGCUUCUCCCGGCAGGACGGCGACGGCACUGCCGCCGUGGCUCUGGCCUUUGUCAUGGAUCCCCGUAAAACGUUGGAGGAGAUGCGCGAGGCUCGCCUGGCCCGACAAAAGCCAAGGACCCAGAGAGAAAACUGAACAGAUGAAGAGGUCAGGUCUUUGACAGUUGAUCUCAGGACAGAGGUCGUGUUUUUCACCCCCGUCCUUUUUCAGUGUUACAUGAAAGCAGUUCCCAAAUCCUGGGACGCAGGAGAUUUUCCCCAAACAAAUGUGCUGAAACUUUUUAUUUAAAAUGUAUGUGUACAUGUACGGGAGUGUACUGCUGCCACGUCAACAGAAUAAAAACACGUCAGUAUCACGUUA